AAUGUAUUUUCCUCGAACUUGUUCAAAAUAUUAUACAUUUUGAUUUACACCGAACUACACUAAUAUCGACACAAAAUCACAAUUUUGCUGCCUUUUCAGCUUUUGCUUUAAGUUGCCUUUGUUCGAGUUGAAAAGUUAUUCAAUUAGGAACACUCUUUCGGAUAAUUGCGUUCUUGCGUUUCUGCGUUCACCAUGAGUCUGAUUCAUUUUAACGACUACAAGGAUUACGUGGAUAGCUUCAUCACCCUCAAGGACAUUCGCUAUGUGGGCAGCAGGCAGGUGCAGAGAAAGCUGAUCCAGAAUGCCUGCGGAAAGAACUGCCUGGGCAACAUACUCACCAAGGAGCAGUUCCUCCAGAGAAGGGAGAAGGAGUUGUCCCAGCUGAGGCCAAGGGCAAUCGGUGGCAGCCAACUGUACGGCGACUUCUUCACCGGCAACGAUGAGGUCCUGCGACAGAUUGCCAUUCGCGAGGAAAGGCUGCUUCAGAAACAGAUUUCGACCGUUAUCUACUUGGUGAUGCGCUCCAAGAAAGGACUGGAGAUCUCCAGCUUUAUAGAUCUCGAGCAGAGUCUCCGGGAAGCUCGAUUCGAGAAUUCGCUGAACUUCCUGGACUGGAAGGGCAUUUUCGAGGGCCGGGAGAAGUUGCUGCCCUCCAAGGAGCACCUCAGCUUCUACGACUGGUACCAGAACAAGGUGUCCUACAACAACAGCGAGAACAUCCGGGUGAGGAACGAGACGGCCCACAGUCUGCUGCUGAAGCACAUCGGCGACCACAAGAUGUUCUGCGUGAACGCCACCUGCGACUGCGAGUACACGAAAAAUGUCAGUCGAGAGACGUACUUUUCGCCCACCUACGGAUACGUCAUAUUCUUUGAUCACAUAAUCAGGCGCAUUAAUUAGCGAUGGCUUUAAAACGUCAAUAACGCGCAAUCGUGGGUGAGUAAAAUCGAAAUAAAAUGAAACGAUGUCCUCGAGGGCGCAUUUGCCGUUGACAGUUUA